UUUACCGUGUGAUACUGAUAAAUAACCAAAACAUUUCGGACAAAAUUUUCUUGCGAUUUAUUGCACCGGUUCAGUUCGAUUUCUUGCAUGGUGGAUUGAAGUUUUCUGGCUUCAACAUGACUUUAACCGAGUACAUCGGAGCGCUAUCGGAUAAUCCGUAUUUUGGGGCAGGUUUCGGCUUGUUUGGUUUAGGCGCUGGCGCUGCUAUGUUACGUAAAGGAAUGCAGGGAGCGCUUAUCUUAUUUCGGAGGCAUUAUAUGAUUACCCUGGAAGUUCCCUGUCGGGACAAAUCCUACCAAUGGCUGCUGCAGUGGAUAACCCAGAAGGGAGCCCGACACACUCAGCAUCUCAGUGUGGAAACUUCUUUUCAGCAACGUGAUACUGGUCAUAUAAAAACCAAAUACGAUUUCAUACCUUCCAUCGGCACGCACAUUAUGCGAUAUGGUGGUACCUGGAUAAAGGUAGACCGAGCCAGGGAACAGCAUACCCUGGAUUUACAUAUGGGUGUACCUUGGGAGACGGUCCAGUUGACAGCAUUUGGUCGAGACAAAAAUCUAUAUUUCAAAAUACUUGAAGAAGCCAGACAGCUGGCGCUUAAGAACACUGAAGGAAAAACAAUUAUGUACACUGCCAUGGGUUCGGAAUGGCGCCCAUUUGGUCAUCCUCGGAAACGUCGCCCGCUAAAAUCGGUUGUCCUAGACGCUGGUGUCGCCGAUCGGAUAUUGGCCGAUUGUCGUGAAUUUAUUCACAAUCCCCAAUGGUAUGCGGAUCGAGGCAUUCCCUAUAGGCGAGGUUAUCUGCUACAUGGUCCCCCAGGCUGUGGGAAAUCUAGUUUCAUUACCGCCCUAGCCGGUGAAAUUGAAUUUGGCAUUUGUCUAUUGAAUCUGUCCGAGCGAGGUCUGACGGACGAUCGAUUGAAUCACCUCAUGAAUGUGGCUCCGCAGCAGUCGAUCAUUCUGCUGGAAGACAUUGAUGCUGCUUUUGUUUCUCGUGAAGAUACCAAGAUGCAAAAAGCUGCCUAUGAAGGACUGAAUCGUGUAACCUUCAGCGGUUUACUCAAUUGUCUAGAUGGUGUCGCUUCCACUGAAGCUAGAAUUGUCUUUAUGACGACUAACUAUCUGGAGCGGUUAGAUCCAGCUCUCAUUCGACCAGGACGGGUGGAUGUUAAAGAGUUUGUAGGCCAUUGCACCACACAUCAGCUGGAGCAGAUGUUUAUGCGUUUCUACACCGGACAGGAAGCGGUCAGUAAUUCGAAGCUUUUUGCGGAAAAUGUUCUGAAAAUCGGAAAACCAGUUAGUCCAGCACAGAUUCAGGGAUACUUUAUGAUCCAUAAAAUGUCAGAUCAGCAAACGGUACUAGAUAAUGUGCCCAAGAUUUGGGAUAGUUCAUAAGUUGUAAAGUAUUGUAAAAGUUUAUAAAAUACAAAUAAUG